AGGACAGCCCUCCCCCAUUACACACACACACAUCAGCAGCCACUCUCCUGCGUGUAUAUACACACACUGUGCUGCUGCUGAUCCUGCUCCUUAUAGCACACACAGCCGCCCAGACCGGGGGAGAGAGCAGGCUGAGGGAAAGGCGAAUGAGGAGAAGGCGGUGGAAGGGAGGAAGAGUGGAUGGAAGAGGGAGGAAACAGCGCGAUAUAGGGUAUAUAAGGAACAGAUAAGGGCUGCCACAUAGAAGAACAUCGGAGAGGAUACCAGACAAAGCCAAUUGCUUGCUGCCGCAGCUGGGUCCAGGAGGAGCUGAAGAAAAUUGUGCUGUGAUCUUCCUAUCGUCAGAGAACAAGUGAUGAGUGCUUCCCACACAGCUAUCGCUCCAUUGACCCCCUGCAUGGAGGGCUUGCCUCCACUGCCAAAAAGCCUUAGUGGUUUGCUGAACUCAAGUGGAGGGUCAGGCUGGCGAGACCUUGAAAGAGUCUAUGCACAAAAGUCUCGUAUUCAGGAUGACUUAAGCCGCGGAGGUUCAAGUGGCAGCUCCCAAGCUCACUCAAAGCCACCCAAUCUAGAUGCUGCACUCGCUUUACUUAGGAAAGAGAUGGUUGGGCUACGGCAGCUGGACAUGUCUCUCCUUUGUCAGCUGUAUUCACUUUACGAAUCCAUCCAGGAAUAUAAAGGUGCUUGCCAGGCCGCAUCUAGUGCAGAAUGUACGUACGCCAUGGAAAAUGGAUAUUUCGAUGAGGAAGACGAGUACUAUCAAGAGGCUGGUACCCUCCAUAAAGUUGUCAGGGAUGACUCUGAAGGAAACCUUAAUUUAACUGUACCCUCCAUUUCCAAUGAUGACUGGAUACUUGAGAAUAUCUAAUUUGCCAAACUAAUUUCUGGAAGAUGGAGCUGGACAUCUCCUAACCUUGCUUUCCAAGCCUUUUGUAACGGAAAGUGGUUUGUUACAAUCAUUUAAACCAUUUGAGGCAUACUCUAUUCCUGCUCACUGCUGGGGGUGAGGAUGCUAUCCGUAAUCAGUAAUUCGGAAGAAACUUUUAUGUGCCUUUAACAUCCGAAAGCACUUAAAUGUGAGGAAUGACUUUUUCUAAAAUCGUAUAUAAUGUAUAGUGCUGGAAUAUCUCCACUAGUAAUAAGAUAGUAAUUCUACUGGCUUCCUUCAUCUGCCUUAUAUCAAUUCAUGGGCAAUUACAUAUCUUGUCCUCCUCAUUAUUAUAUACCUAGGGAAAGCUCCGUAUAAUGAAAUAGUAUUCUCACUUCUGAAUGUCUGGAUAUGGCUCUGUGAGCGUUAGUCUGAUUACGUUACUUUGCACGGCACAUACUUUGUGCUGUCACUUCUGUAAAUGGUUAGUGGGAUUGAAUUUAACCCUAUUCAUGAAUACACUGCACUCCCCACUUAUCUCCAGUAUAUAGGACAUUACAUUAUAGUGUCUGCAGAGAAUGGUGGCCAACAGUUUGUGGGCUGAACCUAGAGUUGCGCUCUGGCCACUAUUUUAAGAGCUUGGCUGGCAAAAAUAGUCCGUGCCAAUGCUAUCAGUAGGGCAAAAACAUGGCAGAUGACCACAUUCACCCCAGAACAGGUGUCAAUCUUACAAUUCACUAGAAUGUAGUGCAAACCCACAACAUGACUACCUCUCUGUUGACAUGAACGGGAUGCAGUUACAUGACCGGUGGUCGGGAGCCCGCUGGGGGAUCCCGGUGUUGGUAUGGUGACCGCCCGUCGCCCAAACCCAACCCACAUGAACAAUGGAGCCUCAUUUCUGUUACGUUCCUAGUGAAUUUAUAGGCUCAUGAUCAUUGGUUCAUAUAGUGAAAUAGUUGCCUUCUUUGACACAUACAGUAUGCCCUUUAAUUAACAUCUAGAAGAUAUUUAUGUUUUACUUGGACAAAUUUAAAGUAUAAUAAAACAUUAGUGCUGGUAAUGUACUCCUAAACAUGCUAACUACAGGGAACACAAUCAUCUUGCCAUGAUACAUUUUAAUUAAAUACAUUUUAUUGUACCUUACCUUUUACCAACUCAUAGCGAGAACAUGAUAUUCUAUCUAGAUGCUCGUUCACACAUUUAAUUUCUUUUUUUGGAAUCUGAGUCACCUAAGAACCAACAGUGCCAACUCCCAUCACUGUGUUAUACAUUUGAUGCACAUAUGAAAUGUUGCGUGUCCUAUUUCUCACGUGAUAAUAAUACUAGUUGUACGAUAGAUUGUAUUGGUAAAAGCUCUAUGCAUGGAAAUCACAUCUGAAGCAUUUCACCCAUUUCCCAGCACGUGUGUGCACGAGCCUGAAGGGUGUGUAGACAUGGACACACCUGAAUGAAUAAAUAUGGUAUGCUCUUGCAUUUUUUAUUUCAUUGGAUGCUGUUAAAUACACACAAAUGGUGCAGGGUACAUUCACAGAAACACAUGCACACACCCGUAUUUCUAUUUUUGAUGCACUUCACGGGUCAAAAAACAAGCAUUGAAUGCAUCAAAUAAGUACACUGUUUAGAAAGUUAAUUGCUAUAAGAUACAUCCCUUCUGCAGCUCAUUCUUGUUAGAAAUUUGAAGUCUUCAUCUUAAUCUGUUGUAGAAACUAUUUUAACUUCAACCAGUGUUUUAAUGUUCUAGUUUCACACCUAAUGCAUAAUAAUGCUUGCUGUGUACCAUUUGUUUUUGUUACGCACUUUCUUCUGUAUUGUGUGCUGGUUCUGUUAUGUACAGGUUAUACACACAUCCAGGUGCACAAAUCCACUCCACGUUUGUCUCCUACAGAUAAAAGCAAUUCUAAUUUACACAUGGAUGCAAAAAAAAAAUCACACAUUAAGUCUGACAUGUAGAAAUCUAAGUUUUUGUAUUUAGAACAUUUCUUUGCAGACAGCUAAGCAAAAAAAACAACAACAACCCAUAACUAUUUGUUAUUAUGUUUACUGUGUGUAUAUUUAUUUAGGAAAAAAGUGGUCCUACAUUUUCUCCAAUAAAAAGUAAAGCUAUAUAAA